AUGGUAUUCGUGAGCAAAAUACGGCUCCCUGCACGACACAAGCAACGGAGUCAUGAGACAGUUGCGCAGAAGUCUGAUGAGAGUCGACCGAGCUGCGAUUCCUCGCGGACCUCUGCGGGAGAUAGUAGCCCGGUUCUGUGCGAGUGUAGGCACCGAGGGAUCGAAAUUCUACAUGAUCUCGCCGGCACGUCUUCAUUUUCCUCGCUCGAGACCAAAGAGUCCGGCCUACUCUGCCUUGAGCACAUGCUCGACCUGUUGGAGCAGAUCAGCACCUGCAAAAUGCUCUCGGGACACGAACAUUCCCAAGAUUUUCUCAGUACACUUUGCAGGAAAACCUUGACCCAGUGUCAACAGUUCAACGAAUUCUUGAGCGAGAUGUUGGAAAAGAAGGGCCAGCCGGACCAACAACCCCUGUUGCAGAGGGACUACCCAGUCGCCACAAUUGAGGAACGAAGGAAACUUCUCUGUUCGCUCACCUAUCUUCAACUGAAAAAGCUUCACGAUUGUGUGGGCCGCUUGAUCCGAACACUCCAAGAGCGGCCUGCGUUCGAGGAGCACCCCUGGUCGCAUUUGAGGGAACAAUGCUACCAGCUUGCGAUCGACUCAUACGCCCUCUGCUCUCGGGCAAGUUAUCUCUAA